AGUCAAUUAAAGGAGUAUUAUUAGAUGAAGCAGCAAAUAAUAUGCAGACAGCUAUUUUAUUAGCAGAUAUUGAUCAAACUUUUGAAAUUGUAACUAUGUUUUUGGCGGAUUAUUUUUUUAUAAUAGAUAAAUUAAUACGUAUUUUUCAAUUAGACUAUAUUUCAUUUACAGAUAUUAAACAACAUAUUACACUGGCAUGCGAUGCAUUACAAGCUCAAUUUAUUGGUAACAAUAAUGUUUUACCUACUUAUGGACAAAAUUUACUUAAAUAUAUAGAAGAAAAUAAUCUAGAUACUAAACUUUAUGAAGCUAUAAAAAUAUAUGAUCCAAAACAGUUACCAAUAUCUGAUAAUGAUUUAGCAAACUAUGGUAACGAAGCGAUUAAUAUUCUUA